GAGGCAGACAUGAAGAGAGACAGAGACAGAGAGAGCAUUUCUCUGAGGACCCAGGAAUCUUUGGGGCUUUACUUGCCAGACCUGGCACCGGAAGAAGAUGAAGUGUCCCAGAGAAGGGGAAAUUCCGUGGAGGCCGAUUGCCCACCUGCACAUCCCAAAAGCAUUGUGUGCGACUCUGUAAUUAACAGAGAGACUACACGGUGAUGUACGGGAGAGGAAAAAGACUAUGAGAAAGCAUGUGUGGCAACUGUGUGUGUCCCCAUCACAAGUGUGUGUCGCGUUCCAGGAAGGGAAAAAGGUGUAUGCAGGUGCACCAAGAGCCCACUGCUUUUUUGACCCAACCAAGCUCUUCCAACUUCACAAGCGAUCUCAGCUGGCAUCGCAAGCCCCCUAAGCUUCUAGCAGGCCUUCAGGCGGGGCUCCUCUGAGCUCUUCCCAGGAACAGCCCUCACAAGGAUGCACACACACAGUGACACGGUGACACACGCUUCCUCCUCCCUGAACAGCUAGCUCCUCCGUCCCUAACAACACCAGCUGCCUCUUCGGGUUUAUUCGUGUUGAAAACCCGGGAUGGGGUGGGGGCAGGACACCAACCGCUUCACCAAUGAAGCCCGCUCCCCGCCGUCCUCCUCGCCCCCUCCCUCCCCGCGCCUUCCUUGCCCCUCCUCCUCUAAGUCACCGUCGUCCAGUUUCCCCGCCCCACCCUCGCCACCCCCGACCCCAAGACUGGCCAGCGACUCCCUAACCCCGGGCUCGCAGGCCGAUGACCCUGGGAGACAGGGGCCUCGAGGGGCCGCAAACCAGCGCGCCGCGGGCUGAGCCCGAGAGGCCAGGCUGGGGGGAGGGAGGCCCGGAGGGAGGGAGCGAAGGAAGGAGGAGGGCUGGCGAGCUGGAGCCGGCAGGCGGUGGGAGCCCGGGCGAGCCUCGUCGGGAGUGCAUCUCCUCCGCAGAGCAGGACGCAGCCAGAGGUAGCUGAAGGGGUGAAAACCCAGGCUUAGCUAAGUGGGCUGAGCACAAAGACCACAGAGUCCAGGAGAAUGGUACACAGGGGAAGGACUCCUGCUUUAAUGUGCGUCCCCCCGUCCCGCCCGCCCCCAGAAGGAACACAUCACACAUCUGUCUCCCGUUAGCCACUGAAGAAAGACCUGGGGACGGGGACGCAGAGACAGCGGUGGGUAGUUCCAAGCAUGGGCUAUUAUAAGAAUGAAACUUGGAAUUCCAAAGCAAGGAGAAAAGGCUAAAAGGAAAGGAGACCGACCGGGAGUUUCCCAUGUAGUCUGGAAAUAUAUGCGGUCUUAUCCCUGUCGCAUGUCCAGGUGACUGAGCUCCACCCCUGCGCACCAAGACACCCACCCCACCCCCACUGGUCGAGCCCCACUGGAGAAAGAGACCUGGAAGUGCCAGCAUGAGAAUCAGAGUUGCCCAGCCAGCUUCACAGAGGGGGGAGCAGCCUGCUUGCCCCCCUCAUUAAUUACAGGGAUAACUGAGAAAAAGCCCCACCCAAUAUGGAGGCUGAGGACUGCCACCUCCAUUGAUUCUCUGCCUUCUCCCCUGCCCUGCCCUGCCCACCUGGCCUUAGCUGGGUCGCUCAUGCAAUGCUGAGAAGGAAGGAAGACUUGGGGACGGCUUGCCUCGCUACCGGGCAAGGACUGUGGGCAUCAUGGGGGUGUGUGUGAGCGGGGCUCCAGGGUGAGACCUAGCCCCCGCCCCCAGGAAUUCGAGGGGGUGGGGGUGGGGCCAAGGAUAGAAUGGCUCGGGGUGGGCUGGGGGCAGAAGAGGCCUCCCUACGCUCAAACGCAUUGUCCUGGCUGGCCUGUGGGCUCCUGGCCCUGCUGGCCAACGCCUGGAUCAUCCUUAGCAUCUCGGCCAAACAGCAGAAGCACAAGCCCCUAGAGUUACUGCUCUGCUUCCUGGCCGGCACGCACAUACUCAUGGCGGCCGUGCCCCUCACCACCUUUGCUGUGGUGCAGCUCCGGCGCCAGGCGUCCUCUGACUAUGACUGGAACGAGAGCAUCUGCAAGGUCUUUGUGUCCACCUACUACACGCUGGCCCUGGCCACCUGCUUCACGGUCGCCUCGCUCUCCUACCACCGCAUGUGGAUGGUGCGCUGGCCCGUCAACUACCGCCUCAGCAACGCCAAGAAGCAGGCCCUGCAUGCCGUCGUGGGCAUCUGGAUGGUCAGUUUCAUCCUCUCCACACUGCCCUCCAUUGGCUGGCAUAACAACGGGGAGCGCUACUACGCCAGAGGCUGCCAGUUCAUAGUGUCCAAGAUCGGCCUGGGUUUUGGCGUCUGCUUCAGCCUCUUGCUUCUUGGGGGCAUUGUCAUGGGGUUGGUCUGCGUGGCAAUCACGUUCUAUCAGACGCUGUGGGCCCGGCCCCGGAGGGCUCGGCAGGCCCGGAGAGCGGGGGGCGGUGUGGGAGCCAAAGCAGGGGCGCUGGGGGGCUUGGGUACCCGGCCAGCUUUUGAGGUGCCAGCCAUUGUGGUGGAGGACACUCGAGGGAAGCGUCGGUCCUCGCUGGAUGGCUCUGAAUCUGCGAAGACAUCCUUGCAGGUCACCAACUUGGUCAGCGCCAUCGUCUUUCUCUACGACUCUCUCACGGGGGUGCCCAUCUUGGUGGUGAGCUUCUUCUCCUUGAAGUCAGACUCAGCUCCGCCGUGGAUGGUGCUGGCGGUGCUGUGGUGCUCCAUGGCACAGACGCUGCUCCUCCCCUCCUUCAUCUGGUCCUGUGAGCGCUACCGUGCAGACGUGCGCACAGUGUGGGAGCAGUGUGUGGCUAUCAUGUCCGAGGAGGAUGGCGACGAUGAUGGCGCCUGUGAUGACUACACAGAUGGCCGCGUGUGCAAAAUUCGCUUUGACGCUAACGGGGCCACAGGGUCAGGGAGUCGGGACCCCACGCAGGUGAAGCUGCUGCCCGGACGCCACAUGCUCUUCCCACCUCUUGAGAGAGUACACUAUUUACAGGUCCCUUUGUCGCGGCGAUUAUCCCACGAUGAGACCAACAUCUUUUCCACUCCUCGGGCACCGGGCUCCUUUUUGCACAAGUGGUCGUCAUCUGAUGAUAUCCGGAUCCUCCCAGCCCAGAGUCGUGCCCUUGGAGGCCCUCCAGAAUACCUGGGACAGAGACACAGGCUGGAGGACGAGGAGGACGAGGAAGAGGCUGAAGGCGGAGGCUUAGCCAGCCUUCGCCAGUUCCUAGAAAGUGGGGUUCUGGGCUCAGCUGGGGGACCCCCACGAGGUCCUGGUUUCUUCCGGGAGGAAAUCACCACCUUCAUCGAUGAGACACCUCUGCCUUCUCCAACUGCGUCACCGGGACCCUCUCCUCGUAGGCCUAGGCCGCUGGGUUUUUCACCUCGACGACUCUCCCUUGGGUCUCCCGAUAGCCGAGCUGUUGGACUCCCUUUGGGGUUAGGUGCAGGACGACGCUGUUCCCUGACAGGGAGCGAAGGGAGUUCAAGGGCUUGGGGAAGACCCUGGGCGCCAGGCAACCCUAUCUUCCCGCAGUUGACCCUGUAACUCAGAGGAGGCGGGCAUGGGUGAGUGAGUACACCUCAUUGUGGCCCUAAGUCUACCGCAGCUGCCUCCACGGAGGUGGGGGGCUACAUCCGGGCUUUAGAGCCCAAGUUCUCUCCCAUCCAAGUGACCAGAUACCCAACUCACCUGUCUUCACCCCUAGCAAAAUGUUUUAAAAGGCUGAACUGUUGCCGUGGAAACCUUGGUGUUGGGUGUCUGCGGUGGCAAAGGGUCAGUCAGUGGCUUGGGCAAGGGAGAGUGGUUCACAGAGGACAAACCAGAGAACCGGCAGUGAGCGGGAGAGGUACGAGACGGCCGGACACGCAGACACAGGAGAAGUGGGCUUAGGAGCGUAUGCUCCUGGAGUGGAGAGUAGGCCACUUGAGUGCAUUAGUUUGAAGUGGGAAAGAUCUUUGUUUAAAUUAGUAAAAGAUGCUCAAUCCUCA